AUGUCGGACACUGAAGUCAAUCAAGAAGCCAAGCUAGAAGUUAAGCCAGAGGUCAAGCCAGAGACUCACAUCAAUUUAAAGGUAUCUGAUGGGUCUUCAGAGAUCUUCUUCAAGAUCAAGAAGACUACACCUUUGAGAAGGCUGAUGGAGGCGUUUGCUAAAAGGCAAGGUAAAGAAAUGGACUCUUUGAGAUUCCUGUAUGACGGUAUUAGAAUUCAAGCUGACCAGACCCCUGAAGAUCUGGACAUGGAGGAUAACGAUAUUAUUGAAGCCCACAGAGAACAGAUCGGUGGUGCAACCUAUUAG